AUGUGGGGUGAUGAUAGCAGCAGUGAAAAUACUGGAGGGUUGUUCAAAUGGACUGUUGAUGCGUUGUUCCGUAGAGAUGCGUCUCCGUCAGUUAAGUACAAAGACAACGAUAGAGGGACGUACGUGGAUAGUGCGAAGGUGAGAUCGCGGCCAAGAGAAAGGUCGUCUUCAUUUUCUGAUCUUGACAUUUAUUCAAAGUUUGAGCUUCUGCCAGACGAAGAAGAUCCAGAGCUUUUGAGGCCCGUAAGCACCAAUGGUUUGUUUGAUGAGAAGCAGAAUACAAAUACGUUCCAUACUAGGAGAAACAGAAGAGAUAGGCCAGUGGGUGACACGCCCAGUAUACGGCGUGCUCCGAAUCCUGACGAUCCUGUAAUCUCGGCUUUGUUCGGAGAAGCACCAACUAGAGGAACGGCAGCACCAGCAGCACCAGCAGCAACGGAUUAUCUACCUGGAAGAACAGAUAGAGAUGAGUUUCUUCCGGGCAAAUUCCCAUCGCCAACCAGGCCCAUGAGUAAUAGACAAACAGGUCGCGAGGAUGAAUUCGCACCACAAGCCCAACGCGUUCACGAUUACACCCCGGAAUACGUUAGCAUACUGGACAAGUUGAGCUUGAAUAGCAAGGCUUUACGGGACUUAAAACUCGAUGUCCAACAGAAACAGAAAUACGGCAUGGAAAGAGAAACAGAACUAAAAGAUAAGUACCUCCAAAUUAGGCAAGAGCUAAUACAGGAACUCAAACAGUCCAAAAUGAUAUAUGACAAUUACUGUAAACUCUACUUCAAGUACAAAGAACUCAAAAAGAGGCCAUUGAUGCCAAACCAGCCUCUAGUGUCCAACACGUCCAUGCUGGAAAAAAUCAGAUCACUAGAGUCGAAGGUCGUGGACUUGUCCAUCGAAAAUGACAGACUCGAAAAGGAGGCCGAACAACAGCGAUUAUCCUUCGAAUUGAAGCAGCAAGAACUACAGAACAAAUUCGAGGUUGAAAGACUCGUCUACGAGAGAAGAAUCCAAGAACUACAGGACAAAGUACAUGAAAUGAGCACUGGCAUUGCUGUUGGUACCGAUAUUGGCACUGGAACCGGCGCUAGUAACAACAACAACGACAAUAGCUUCUACAGAAACCAUCUCCAUACCUCUAGUACUACAGCAACCACAGCAACUCCGCUCUCUGACAGCACCGCAUCCCCAUAUAAAGAAUACAACAACACCAUCGACACGCAGUUCCUAAGAAAUCUUGUCAAGUGA